CCUGGGCAGGCGUUGGUCUCCGCUCUCCAGCGCCGCAGCGAUCGAGACCGAUCCAGCGACGGCUCCACGCGCGCUUCUGCGCGUCCCCGACGGAUUUUUCACGUCCCAGCUCUUCCUCCUUCACCUCCCCGCCCCCUUGCCUCAGCCUUUCCCGCCGCUCGGGCGCGGAGCCCGGGGGCCAGCCGUCGGCAGUGACUCCGCCCGAAACCCCUUCUGGAGCCGCCCGGGGACAAUUCCCUUCUCCUUUCUUCACCCUAAUCCGGGGUGGCCCUCGCCGAGCCCGGUCAGCCCGGGGGAGCGCAGCCGGGAGAGGCGUCGGAGGGGCGCCUCGGGGCUUGGAGCGUCCCGGCCCCCAGCGGGCUGCGGUCGGGGGGCCGGGCGGCGAGGCCCCCCUCGCCGGGCUGCGCGGGCCGCCUGGGGUCCCCAGGCUGACAAGGGGCCGGAGCGGCGCCCCGGCCGCCCGCGCGGGGUCUCCCCCAUGGUGCAGCGGGGUUCGGGAUGUCGAAGACCCUGAAGAAGAAGAAGCACUGGCUCAGUAAGGUGCAGGAGUGCGCGGUGUCCUGGGCCGGGUCCCCGGGCGACCUGGGCGCAGAGAUCCGGGGCGGCGCGGAGCGCGGCGAGUUCCCCUACCUGGGGCGGCUCCGGGAGGAGCCGGGCGGGGGCACCUGCUUCGUCGUCUCCGGCAAGGCGCCCAGCCCCGGGGAUGUGCUGCUGGAGGUGAACGGGACGCCUGUCAGCGGGCUCACCAACCGGGAUACCCUGGCUGUCAUCCGCCACUUCCGCGAGCCUAUCCGUCUCAAGACUGUGAAGCCAGGCAAAGUCAUUAAUAAAGACUUGCGACAUUACCUGAGUCUUCAGUUUCAGAAAGGAUCAAUUGAUCAUAAACUGCAGCAAGUGAUCAGAGAUAAUCUCUACCUGAGAACCAUUCCAUGCACUACACGGGCCCCCAGGGAUGGGGAAGUACCAGGGGUGGACUAUAAUUUCACUUCUGUUGAGCAGUUCAAAGCACUGGAAGAGAGUGGAGCAUUGUUAGAAAGUGGAACGUAUGAUGGAAACUUCUAUGGAACUCCCAAGCCACCAGCAGAACCCAGCCCUUUCCAGCCAGAUCCUGUUGAUCAGGUUCUCUUUGAUAAUGAGUUUGACACAGAAUCCCAAAGAAAACGAACUACAUCUGUCAGCAAGAUGGAAAGAAUGGACAGCUCUCUUCCUGAAGAGGAAGAGGACGAAGACAAGGAAGCUAUUAAUGGCAGUGGAAAUGCAGCAGAAAACAGAGACAGGCAUUCUGAGUCAUCUGACUGGAUGAAGACCGUCCCAAGUUACAACCAAACCAAUAGCUCCAUGGACUUUAGAAAUUAUAUGAUGAGAGAUGAGAACCUGGAACCGCUGCCCAAAAACUGGGAAAUGGCCUACACUGACACAGGGAUGAUCUACUUCAUUGACCACAAUACCAAGACAACAACGUGGUUGGAUCCCCGUCUUUGUAAGAAAGCCAAAGCCCCUGAAGACUGUGAAGAUGGAGAACUUCCUUAUGGCUGGGAGAAAAUAGAGGAUCCUCAGUAUGGAACAUACUAUGUUGAUCACCUUAACCAGAAGACCCAGUUUGAAAAUCCAGUGGAGGAAGCCAAAAGGAAAAAGCAGUCAGGACAAGCCGACAUUGGGUCUUCAAAACCAGAUGUGGAAAAAUCACACUUUACUCGAGAUCCAUCCCAGCUUAAAGGUAUCCUUGUUCGAGCAUCACUGAAAAAAAGCACAAUGGGAUUUGGUUUUACUAUUAUUGGUGGAGAUAGGCCUGAUGAAUUCCUACAAGUGAAAAAUGUGCUGAAAGAUGGUCCUGCUGCUCAGGAUGGGAAAAUCGCACCAGGUGAUGUUAUUGUAGACAUCAAUGGCAACUGCGUCCUUGGUCACACCCACGCAGAUGUUGUCCAGAUGUUUCAAUUGGUGCCUGUCAAUCAGUAUGUAAACCUCACUUUAUGUCGUGGUUAUCCACUUCCUGAUGACAAUGAAGAUCCUGUUGUAGACAUUGUUGCUGCUACUCCUGUCAUCAAUGGACAGUCAUUAACUAAGGGAGAGACUGGCAUGCAUACUCAGGAUUUUAAGGCAGGAGCAGUGGUUGCAGACCAGAAUGGAAAACUGGGACUCACCCUGACCAGUGAUCGUCUCAAUGGACCAUCAGAUCUGAGUGAGCAGAGAGCAUCCAUGGCAUCAGGCAGUUCCCAACCUGAACUCGUGACUGUCCCUCUGAUUAAGGGCCCUAAAGGCUUUGGGUUUGCAAUUGCUGACAGCCCAACUGGACAGAAGGUGAAAAUGAUAUUGGAUAGCCAGUGGUGUCAAGGUCUUCAGAAAGGGGAUAUAAUUAAGGAAAUUUACCAUCAAAAUGUGCAGAAUUUAACACAUCUCCAAGUGGUAGAAGUGCUAAAGCAGUUUCCAGUAGGUGCAGAUGUACCUUUGCUUAUCUUAAGAGGAGGUCCUCCUUCACCAACUAAAACUACCAAAAUGAAAACAGAUAAAAAGGAAAAUUCAGGAAGUUUGGAGGCCAUAAAUGAGCCCACUCCCCAGCCUAUGCCUUUUCCACCCAGCAUUAUCAGGUCAGGAUCCCCGAAACUGGAUCCUUCUGAGGUCUACCUGAAAUCUAAGACUUUAUAUGAAGAUAAACCACCAAACACCAAAGAUUUGGAUGUUUUUCUUCGGAAACAGGAAUCCGGGUUUGGCUUCAGGGUGCUAGGAGGAGAUGGACCUGACCAAUCUAUAUAUAUCGGGGCCAUCAUUCCCCUGGGUGCAGCUGAAAAAGAUGGUCGGCUCCGUGCUGCUGAUGAACUGAUGUGCAUUGAUGGAAUUCCUGUUAAGGGGAAGUCGCACAAACAAGUCUUGGACCUAAUGACAACAGCUGCUCGAAAUGGCCAUGUGUUACUAACCGUCAGAAGAAAGAUCUUCUAUGGUGAAAAACAACCUGAGGAUGACAACUCUCAAGCCUUCAUUUCAACACAAAAUGGAUCUCCCCGCCUGACCCGAGCAGAGGUCCCAGUCAAGCCGGCUCCCCAGGAGGCCUACGAUGUUAUCUUACAAAGAAAAGAGAGUGAAGGAUUUGGCUUUGUUAUCCUCACCUCCAAAAACAAGCCACCUCCAGGGGUUAUUCCUCAUAAGAUUGGCCGAGUCAUAGAAGGAAGUCCUGCUGGUCGCUGUGGAAAACUGAAGGUUGGCGAUCAGAUCUCUGCGGUGAAUGGGCAGUCCAUUAUUGACUUGUCCCAUGACAGCAUCGUUCAGCUAAUCAAAGAUGCCGGUGUCACCGUCACGCUGACAGUCAUAGCUGAAGAAGAGCAUCAUGGUCCACCAUCAGGAACAAACUCAGCCAGGCAAAGCCCAGCCCUGCAGCACAGGCCCGUGGGACAGUCACAGACCAACCACAUACCUGGGGACAGAAGUGCCAUAGAAGGUGAAAUUGGAAAAGACGUCUCCAUUUACAGACACUCGUGGUCUGACCACAAGCACCUUGCACAGCCUGACACCGCAAUGAUUUCAGUUGUGGGCAGCCGGCACAGUCAGAGCCUCGGCUGUUACCCAGUGGAGCUGGAGAGGGGGCCCCGGGGCUUUGGCUUCAGCCUCCGAGGCGGAAAGGAGUAUAACAUGGGGCUGUUCAUCCUGCGUCUGGCUGAGGAGGGGCCCGCCGUCAAAGACGGCAGAAUCCAUGUUGGUGACCAGAUUGUUGAAAUCAAUGGGGAACCUACACAAGGCAUCACACAUACUCGAGCAAUUGAGCUCAUUCAGGCUGGUGGAAAUAAAGUUCUUCUUCUUUUGAGGCCAGGAACUGGCUUGAUACCUGACCAUGGUGAUUGGGAUAUUAGUAAUCCUUCAGCUUCAAAUGUGAUUUAUGAUGAACAGUCUCCAUUUCCCCCAUCUACACAUUCUGCUUCCAUAUCUGAAGAGUCUCAUGUGCCGGUAAUUGAAGAACCUUUAAUGAGAGUUCAGGUUUGUGAAAAGGCAGAAGAAUUGAAGGACAUUGUGCCUGAAAAGAAAAGCACUUUGAAUGAAAAUGAGUGUGAGAUAAAGCAUCGGUCUCUAGUCCAGAAAACUGUGAAUAAGAGGGAUCCACCCAACAGUUGUGAGCACAGUGGGAAGAAGAAUCUAUUAAAAGUAGAAAAUGGUGUUACACGAAGAGGUAGAUCAGCUAGUCCCAAAAAGUCAGCCAGUCGAUAUUCAGAGGAACAUCUGGAAAAGAUUCCAAGUCCUCAAAAAAAUGAUCCCAAAAGAAGACCCAGGGAUCGGUCACUCAGCCCAAGGAAAGGGGAGAAUAAGAGUUGUCAGGUCAGCACCAGAGCAGGUUCUGGACAAGAUCAUUGCAGGAAAAGCCGAGGACGGUCUGCUAGCCCAAGAAAGCAGCAAAAAAGUGAAGGUAGCAAAGACCAACCAAAUGCCGAAGCCAGAUUAUUAGAGGGUGAGAUUCGACGCACGGGGGGCCGUGCUAGUGACAAAGCUGAGCAGAUUCAGGACAGGAAAGAAAAAUCAGGUGUCAUCAGGAAAGAUAUAAAGCAGAGUCAGUCUGGAAAAAAUAGAACAGGGUCUCCAGAGAAAAAAAGCAAGCGGCUGGAUGAGAAGUCUCUUCCACCCAAAAAGGCUAGUAACACUGUUAGUCAAGUAGUAUCUGAAAAUGAAAAAGGAAAAAAACCAAUAGGAGAAAAUGUCAAAGUAUCAGAAAAGAAGCUGAAGCAGGCACCUGAAGAAAGAAUGAUUUUAAACAAAAUAGAAGAUCACAAAGGGAAAGUACUAGAAGCAGCUGACAAAAUCAAAGAGGGCGGAGGGGUCAAACCUGAAAGUAGCUCUCCAGUUAAGAAAACACCAAUAACUCCAGGGCCCUGGAAGGUGCCGAGUGCAAAUAAAGUCACAGGCACCGGUGUGGCCGAGAAACGGCUGUGACCUUUAGUAUAAAAGAAAAACAAGUUUUAAUCUUUUCUUACUAAAAAGAAGCAUUAAAAAAAAGUCAUUUUUUUCCAGAAAUUCUUACACACACAUAGGUAUAUUUUAAUUUGAGCAUCGAGUUACCUAGGCUGCAUGAAGGGCCUUUAGGAUUGCUAGGGACCACCUGUCCCCUGUGGGCUGCUCCCCUCGCACUCAGGAAGGAGCUGCGUCUGUGCUCAUCGGACACGCCCGGCUCAGUCUGCCCAGCCCGUCUAUGUGAGUGUCUGAACAAAUGACCUGUGUUGAUAUUGACAGUGUAAUCACAACUCACUUUGUAUUUGUGCCAAGCUAUCUACUGUACCAUGUCUGUUUUAUCCUUCUCACUCAGAUAUUUCCACAGUAAUGAAAAAGCUCAGUUUGGCUUGGAAGUUGAUAUUCUCAAUAGCAUGUUGCAUGCUUACAGAAAGAAAUAUUUGAGUACUUGCAGAAAAGAUUGUUAGCUCACCAUUUAAAGAUGGCAGUCGCCUCUUCUAACAGUUACUGACAGUGUCCCAGUUUAAAAAUAAAACCCCCAAAACAUCACUAGUUUAAGGGAAAAAAAUGUAGGCAGGCACUGACGCUUUCUUUUGGCUUCUUAUUUUAAUUUGGCUGGAUAAAGUGUUUUGAAUAACUGUUGAAGAUAUUAUUUAUAAUUGAAUGUUCAAAAUGAGGAAGUGCUUUAAGCAAUAAAGAAUCCCCCUCCAUCCUUGAUGUAUUACAGCAUCUUAGAUGACCCCACUCUGGUUCAGUUUAUCUCAGUAGGAAACCACGAAAAAGCAUGGGAAGUACUGAUUAUUGCUCUUAGAAGAAAAAAUACCACACUGCUAUUUCUGGAUCGUUUGGCCAUACCUACUACUAAAGUCAUUAGUCUUUAAUACAUAUUUAUUUGAAGAGUCUAAAUAUUGUAUAGAUUGUGCGAGGGACUUAAUCAUGAAACUAGCCUCGGAGCCCAUUGCCAGACAAAGCGUCAGCCCAGCCGGCAGCAGCCGCACAAGUCUGGGUGUUUAGAAGCUGAACCUUGUGAGGCCUCCCCAGCGAGGACAAAGUGGUGGUGGACAGUACUUGCUGGAUCUUAUUUAACUGCUAGCUACCUUAAUAACUUUUUUGUUUAAAAACAAGAAGGCGAGACUAAACAUCUGCUUAGUUUGUACAAAUUUUGUUUUGUUUUGUUUUCAUUACAGUCUAAUUAAAAUUAAAUACAUUUGUGGGAAGGUAGAGAGUUUUUCAACUCCAUAAAAUAGAUCCAGGUUUUUCAGUCCCCUGGUGCAGCAUUCAGUGGCAUCUAUAAAUACAGGAUCAUCCUCAGAAGAAAACCAUUUUAUGGAGUAUUUGAAUCUACUUGUUCUGUCCCCUGGGUUCAUCUUGUUGCUGUGAAACACAUUCUGUCCAGGUCCCUCCCUCUCAAGAGUCUGACUGUGAAACCCUUUAAUAUAACAACUCAAUCAGUCCCUGUAGAUAAGAUAUGCUUCCCAGAGUGAGAUUUUUGAAAUCCGGUUUUCAUCCGGAAUGGUAUUCACCCACCUAUUGUAACUACUUGAAUAGAGCAAAAUUAGGAGGCUUGAUAAGUGCUAAGAAUUUAGUACCACAGAAAUGGUUUAUUUUCCCUAUAGUCCACAGUUAGUGAUACAAAUCCUAUUUUUCUUGUUACCUGUGACAUAACUUUGAUGUCAUAUGUUGUCAGUCUGAUGUGGCUCUUCCUAAGUAACUGUCACUGUACUAGUUAUAUACUGACUUAGCAAUGUGGCCUUGGAAUGCUAAGGAAAAUAUGGAUGUACUGGUUGUAAAUGUUUAUAUAGUGUACAGUACCUUUAUAUAUACACUUGAGGUUCUGAUUAGAGAAAGAGAUCUGUAAAUCGCUCGUUAUUUUUUAUAUAGAUAUUAAAAAACAAAACAAAAAACA